UAAGCCCAGUCUAUUUCAUCUCGAAUAUGAAACCACGUUAGUUGACUAAUCUUUCAUCUUAAUUUGUUUGUGGUUCAUUGUUCCCCAAGGUUUUUCUUGUUUACAAUCCUUCUGUUUCCUCAGUUAUCUGCUCUUUGACUUGCCAAUUUAUUUAGCUAGUCUGUAGGUAUCUGGCCUCUGAGGUUUUGUUUGGUUGGAUUCGGUUAUGGAGCAAGUGUUUCCAAGAUACCACGUUUUUAUAAAUCACAGAAGACCUGAUGUCAAGAAAACACUGGGCAGCCUCAUCUACCGCGCUCUUAAGAGGAUUGGCCUAAGAGUGUUUCUUGAUGAGCAGGAACUGCAAACGGGAAAUUAUUUAACCCCUUCAAUAAAAACUGCCAUUAGUAAUUGCACCGUACACGUUGCUAUUUUCUCUGAAACAUAUGCGGAAUCUUCGUGGUGCUUGAAUGAGCUUUUGUAGAUGUUGGAUUGUCAUGGCGGCAAGCUUAUCCCAAUAUUCUAUGGCAUCCAACCUUCUGACCUGCGAUAUAUUCAAAACGGAGCAUAUGCUGAAGCCUUCAACAAUCAUAAAAACAAGGGCAGGGUUGAGUAUUCACUGGUGGAGAGAUGGAUGAGUGCUCUAACCAAAGUAUCAGAUGUUUCUGGUCUGGUGUUCAGCAAGGUCAAAGAUGAUCUUGGGGAGUUUUUAGAUAGAAGUGUGGACACUGUAUUAAAAGAGGUGACGGUGGAAGCACUUGAUGUUGCUAUACACCCUGUGGGACUCCAUCAAGCUACAGAGCACUUCCAGAACAAAGUUUUGAAUCAAACUACAGUGAAUGAUAUCGUUAUUGUGGGGAUUGUGGGACUUGGUGGAUCGGGGAAGUCAACUCUAGUUACUCAUCUUUACAAUACAAAGCGUUCCAAAUUCAGUAGAUGAUGUUACUUGUCUGAUGUGAGUAAGAAGAAUUUACAUCUUUACAGAAAAGAUUGCUUACUGAUCUGUUGGGGUUUCAGCCGUAUUUGCAUAUUGAGAAUACCAGUUGAGGGAGGAGCUUGCUUAGAGAUCGUCUCCGAGGGUUCAAAGUUCUGAUUGUUUUAGAUGAGGUAGACAAUACAGAGCAAAUAGAGAAUCUCUUAUUAGUAGUGAAGGAUGUCCUUGGAAAUGGAAGUCUGAUUCUUGUCACCUCUCGUGACAGAGAUUUACUUGCACGCUCUCAAAUUAAAGUAAUGUAUGAUGUCCAACUGUUAGAUAUAAAAGAUGCCCAUGAGUUAUUUUGCUGGCAUGUUUUCCAUGAGCCCAAGUCGCCCCCAGAUUUGCAAGACAUUGUAGAGGAAUUGGCCAAGAUGUGUGGUGGCUUUCCGUUGGCUUUGAAAGUUUUAGGUGGGCAGCUCUCUAGUAAUGGUGAUCGAAGCUACUGGAUGAGGCAAGUGGAAAAUUUUCGCCAACAAUUGCCUCAUAACAUUUUAGACAGGGUACUCAAAGUUACCUAUGAUUCUCUCAAGAACAAAGAGAAAGAGGCAUUUUUAGCCAUUGCCCAUUUCUUAGUAGGAGAAGACAGAGAUCUAGCUGUGCGGGUUUUGGAUGGAUUGGACCAGAGUGGCUUCGACUGCCUUGAGGUUCUCCAUCACAAAGGCCUUGUGCAAUUCGAAAAUGCAGACGUCGACUUCGACAUUAACAUCCAACACCGAAUGUAUCUGUUGCCUUUCCUCGAGCGAACUGAUCGAAAAUCUAUGCUAGAGUAUUUGUUCAUGAAAAAUUAUAUUCGUGAGCCUUUCUACAUAGAUUGCUGGUGCAGACCAAAGGGUAGCUUGCGAAUAAGAAUGAACGGUUUAGUCAGAGACUUGUCUAUACAAAUUGGCAGACAAGAGUUUCCCCUUCGCCUUUGCUGCUCAAACGAUAAAACGAUCUCUGCGCAGAUGCAAUCAAAGCCCUACUCUGUACGAGGAAUUCAUGGCAAUGAAGAUCACAAGAAGCUUCAACUGCCCGUCUUCUUAGAUAGUCAAGAUAUAUGUGGAUUAAAACUUGUACUUCUUCAAGAUUCAGGAAUUCUACAUCAAUUUAAUAGUGUAACUGGAGAUUUGAUAUGGCUUCGCCUGGGUAAAUUUAACUGCAGCGACUUUAAUUGUAGAGAACUUUCACUAAGAAAUUUAAGAGUAUUGGAACUUACUAGUGUUAAUUUUGAAGGCUUACACAGAUUAUCUGAUGAGUUUGAGGUAAAUGCCCUAUAUUUUAAAGUCCCGGUUGUCCACUAUUGUAGGUCUUAUUCCUGACAAUUAACACAUUACUUCAACUGCAGGAUCCUUCUCAGUUACGAGAACUGACCAUUAGCUGCACAGAAAUCUCCGACACCAUAAUCUUCCGUAGAAGUGCUCCUCUAGCAGUUACAAGCUAUCACCCUUCAAGCAGCGGGUUCAAUAAAGUAUUGCUACACUAAGACUUAUCUGAAAAGUGGGUACGAAAUUUGAAGUUGCAAAUUAAACCAAAUAAACAGUUAGCAAGCUUAGACUCAUUUAAAGAGCAUGUGGAAAAGCUAAACGUGAAAAACAAGUCAUCUUCAGAUUCAGGCCUAAAUAGUUUCCAAGAGUGGUUAGGAAAGCUGAAAAAUUUAGGAAAGCUAGCUUUGAAAAAUAUCAAGGGUUUGGUAUCACUGCCCAUUAAAUUUGACGAAGCAGGAACUCUGAGACAUAUAGAUCUAUCUGGCUGCAGUGAUCUGGAAGUUUUGCAACAUUCUUUUACUGAAUUGUUGCAACUUCAAUAUUUAGCUUUGAGAGACUGCUGGAGCCUUGUUAUCACAGAUUUGGAUAAAAUGUCCACUCUUGAGUUCCUGGAUCUUCAGGGCUGCUUUUCGUUCAAGGAUUUGCCUAGAGGAGCCACAGUUCAAAAAUCUCUAAGGUAUUUAAAUUUACUUCAUACCAGUCUCCAACAAUUGCUUGAGCAUAUAGAUCAACUAGAAAAUCUUGAACAGCUAUAUAUAAGGAGCCAACUGGUAACAUGUUUACCACAAUCUCCUAAUCAUCUGAGCCGGCUAAUAGAGUUGACUCUAUUCUAAUGCUUCAAUCUCUAUGAUGUGAGCAAAUCUGUUGAAUUGUUGGGGCAUGUGGAAAUAUUACGGAUAUAUGACUCCGGAGUUAGGGCGUUACCAGAGGAAAUUACACGGAUGAAUAUUAAGAUUUUGGACAUACGGUGUUGUCCAAACAUUGAAGGUUUUCAGAUGGAAGUGAACUUGCCUUUCGAAAACUUACAGGUCCAGAGUGAGACAAGUGAAGAUCAUGGCACUAAUGUUGUUGAUCCGCUGUUGAUCCGUUGGCAAUCAGAGCUACUCAACCUAAUCGUGUAAGCUGUCUAACAAGUUUGAUGUUCUGGAAUUCUUACAUCUAACAAAGGUUUGUAACCCCCGUUCGUUCGGGAUUCGUGCAGACGCUUCCUUCCAAUAUAUCAUCUAUCUUCUGUGGAGCAACACUCAAUAAGGAGGAUGUUG